AUGGAUAAUAGACACUAUUUUGUUGCCUUCCUAGCUGUGCUAGGUAUGCUAGCAUUCUUUGCCCUCAUUACAAUGCCAUUUUGGAUUCCAGUCUUGUUGUUCAAUUCCCCCUUCCUUUUAGUGGUAUUCUUGCUUGCAAAAUACACAAGAUUUGGAGGAAUUUUGGAGAAAUGGUAUCUUACAGUGUAUGAUUGGCUUGUAUAUCAAUCAGAAACACCAAGAAGGCUUCUUUGGCAAGGUUUUUACGAAUUCAUGAGCUGGUACAAUCAAGAUACUGAUUGGGUUACGAUGAACUAUGGAUAUGCUCUUUUGACAGAUGAUGGACAUAUGAUUGAUAAGUUACUGACAGAAGAGCAGGAUAAGCACGAGUGCUUCUCUCUCCAGCUCUAUUACUUCAUCACCGGAACUAACAAAGCGUUUAAAUCCCUUGAGGGAAAAACACUUGUAGAAAUUGGUUCAGGAAGAGGAGGAGGGAUAUCAUUUUUAACUAGAGUUUUUAAACCAGAAAAGGCCAUUGGAAUUGACUUCUCAAUGAACCAGGUGGAAUUUUGUAAAGCAAGACAUUCAAGUGUCAACCAGCUGGAAUUCCACCAAGGCGAUGCUGAGUCAUUCACAACUAUUGAAUCAAUUGGAGAAAACUCUGUUGAUGCCAUUAUUAAUGUAGAGUCUUCACAUUGAUACGGAAAUAUUGACAACUUUUUCAAGCAAGUCAACAAUGCUCUUAAGAAGGAUGGAGUCUUUUGUUAUACUGAUUUCAGAGGAGCUGAAGAUAUGGAUGAACUCAAAGCUAAAGUAGAAGAGUAUUUCGUAGUAGAAAAGUCCAUUGAUAUUACUAGGAAUGUUUGCUAUGCUCUGAAACUUGACACUCAAAGAAGACUAGCAGUGAUCGAGGAAAAAUGUCCCAAAAUAUUUGUCCCAUUGAUCAACAAGUUCUCAGGAGUCACUGGAAGUAGAGUUUAUGAAGAGCUUAAUGAGGGACAGACUCUGUAUCAUGCUUGGCUCUUGAAACCAAAAGGAAGAAAUGCUAAUGAAGAAGUCAAGGAGUAA